UAUUUAAAAAUUCUUCACGUCUAUGGCGUUUUAAUGUGUUGGAAAUAGUCAUGAAAUUAUCACAAAGAUGGAGAGACACAAAAAACUACCCUUUGUUUUUUUGUUUUAAAUAUGUUUAUUUUCUUAGAGCCUGACAGACAAAUUCAGGGUAUAAAAACCCUGCUUACAUUGUGAUGCAAAGGAUAAAUCAGUUCAGUGCAGGUUGUGAGUGUUAGCGGAUAAUUAGCUUUAAUUAAACUGUUAAUUACUGAAUAGUGUUUUUAAUCGGUGCUCCGCAGUCAGUUCAUGUCUUUAGAACCUGCUGUUACCUGUUAGCCGUUAGUUCUGAGCGGCUAGCUGUUAGCUCCACGGCUAAUGAAUUCAUGAACACGGAGCGGUUCUCAUAAAGGAGGCUAUUCUAACUACCGGAGCUGCUUACUGCUUCAUUAACUCCCGUUAAACUGCCUCCGCCACCACAGAACCGUCUGUCCGGUACCGGUGAGCUCCGGUACUUCUGUUGUUAGCGCGGUGCUAAGCUAGCUGGAUGCUAACGGUCUGCUUGGGAUGGAAACGGAAGAGUUACCGGAGACACUAGUCGAGCGGGCGAAGAUGUUCUGGGCUGAGGAGGACGUGGACCAGGCGUUUGACAGGGUCUUUGUGUACCUGGACCACCUGAAGAGGGUCCUGAAGGCCCACACGGCCACAGACAAAGAGUACGUCCAGGCGCUGCGGCUGUUGGAGUGUCUGGAUGGUUCGUCCUCGGCAUCUCCGGUGGAUCAGGACUCCUCGGUGGUCCAGGUGGUCAUCGGCUCAGAUGAGCUGCUGCCGGCUGAGUUCUCCCACCACAGCCCGGCCUCCGAUGGAACCUGCAGCUCUGCAGCGCCACCAGCAGGCCGGGAGGAGUUACUGCCACCACUGCUGCCGGAACAGCUGCAGUACCAGCUGCACACCUGCUGCAAGACCUGCCUGCCCAGUUUACCCAGCAUGCCUCAGUCCACGCCUCCGUUCUGGGGUCAGAACCCGCUGAAGGUUCCGCUGCUCUGUGGCUUUAAGAGGCUGAGCGCCGUUCCUCUGAUGUCAUCGCCCAGAGGGGGCGGAGCCAGCGAGGACGAGGGCGACCCAUGUGACUGGGACGUUAUCUACAAAACGCCUUGUGGACAGAGCCUCCGUAACUAUGAUGACGUGAUGCGUUUCCUGCUGGCGACAGAGAGCUUUGACGUCCUGCAGGUCGACUUCUUCACCUUCAGCGCCGCCGUCCGGUUGGACCCUCCCCCGACGGCGGGCCCUCGGCGCCCGGAGCAGGACCUGAGUCGGGGGGUGGAGCCAACACCGGUGGAGCUCUGCGUCGGGGACGGCGGCGUCCGGCCGGCAGAGUUCCGGUACCGGAAGGACCGCUGGCCACAUGGCUGCUUCCUGAGCCGUGGCCCGGCACUGUUCCACGCCUGCUGCGACUGUCUGGACGGCUGCAGCGACGCACGCAGCUGCGCCUGCAUCGCCAUGACCACCGGGGGGCGCCACUACAACCACCACAGGCUGCUGGAGCCGGUGCUGUCAGGGCUAUACGAAUGCGGUCCGUGGUGCGGCUGUGACCGGUCUCGCUGUCAGAACCGGCUGGUCCAGCGGGGGGUCCGGGUUCGGCUGCAGGUGUUCCAGACUCCGGACCGUGGUUGGGGCGUGCGCUGCCGUGACGACCUGGACCGCGGCACCUUCGUGUGCGUGUAUGCUGGCGUGGUGCUGCAGCGGGUCCCUAGUCCCACCGAGCCGCCGCCGCCCAAGCUGACCCGGGCCGACCUGCCGUCGGACGACGAGGUGGAGGUGGUGACGGAGUGGCUGGCGCCACCGGUGUUGGAGGGGCGGAGCAACCUGCUGGAAACCCCGCCCUCACCCACAUCCCCGCCCACCUCGCUGCCGCUGCACGUCCCCGUGAUCCAGAGACAUGCUGAUGCUGCCGCCAUGCCUCAGGACCGGGACAAGGUUCAGAUGGUUUUGGUGGGAGGAGCCGAGCCGACGCCUCCUUCAGCAGGUGACCAGAACCAGAAGCUUUCCAUGACGACGGUGCUGCAGGUCAGAACAAAGAUGAACGUCCAGAAAGACUUAAAGAGGACGAUGGACGACGUCUGUCUGAUCGACGCCAGCAGGGAGGGGAACGUGGGCCGCUUCAUCAACCACAGCUGCCAGCCCAACCUGUUCAUGCAAAAUGUCUUCACGGACUCCCAUGACCCCUCCUUCCCCGUCGUGGCGUUCUUUACCAGCAGGGCGGUGGCGGCCGGUAAUGAGCUCACCUGGGAUUACUGCUCCGACACACCCACCUCCUCGCCGUGGCAGCAGGAAGUGGUUUGCCUGUGCGGCGCCGACAGCUGCCGGCGGAGGUUCACCAUCCAGGAGAAGCUGUGUGACGUCUGCGACAGUCGGAAGGAGGCUCAGUGAGGUUUAUAUCGAUUCUACUGGUUUUAUUAGGAAACUUUGUAAUAAACAUUCAAAUCAC